GGACUAGCGGCGCUAAGUAUGCUCGCGGAGCAAGCGUAGAGCGGUGGUGAGGAAAGUGACGGUGUCACAGCAUAGGCUCACUAUAUGGUAAAGAAGAGGUAACUUAUUCUAGGUUUCAAAAUUGCGUUUUACAGCGGAAUGUUCACUCGAAGGGGCCAUGGAGACGUCAAGAAAUCUACACAGAAAGUUCUGGACCCAAAGAAGGAUGUAUUGACCCGACUGAAGCACCUCCGGUCACUGUUAGAUAUCAUUGAGAAGAGUGAAUUGAAGACCUUCUUCGAAAGCAACUGUUCGCAGAUUUAUUUUAUCUUCUAUGAAAAUUUCAUUACACUGGAAAGUAACUUAAAGCAAAAAGGGAACAAAUCUCAGAGGGAGGAGCUGGACUCUAUCCUCUUUAUUUUUGAAAAAAUUCUGCAACUUCUACCAGAACGAAUCUACAGUCGAUGGCAGUUCCACAGUAUAGGUUCUAUUCUGAAAAAGCUUUUGCACACUGGAAACUCGUUCAAGAUCAGAUGUGAGGGAAUUCGUCUGUUCCUGCUGUGGCUGCAGGCCCUGCAGAAUAACUGUGCAGAGGAGCAGUUCCUCAUCUUCGCCUGCCUGGUGCCAGGCUUCCCUGCCGUGCCCUCCACCAGAGGACCCUGCACCCUGGAUACCAUCAUCUACAACCCUUUCUCCAACCCGCCCGAUGCCAAGGUGGUGCCUGAGGAGAUUACACCGCUGGUGCCAGCUGUGCCAGGGGAGAAGCUGGCAGACGACCAGACCUGCUACAUCCUCCAAACCCUGCUCAAGUUUAUGGUUGUCCAGGCGUCCAGUUUAGAGUGGAAGAACAAAGACAACCAGGAUACCGGCUUCAGGUUUCUCUUCAGUCUGUUCAAGAAGUACUACCUUCCUCACCUCUUCCCUUCCUUCACCAAGCUCACCAACCUUUACAAGCCGCUUUUAGACCUCCCCCACCACAGACCAAAGCCUCUGUAUGUCCCGGUGACCCGUAACAACGAGAGCACGUUCUGUACGAGAGACCAGUACCUGGCUCCCCGUGUGGCCUUCAUCACCUGGCUGGUCACCUUCUUCCUGGAGAAGAAGUACGUCAGCACCGCCACCCCCAGCGCCAAGAACGGGACUAACGAGGUCAUCCCCAAACUUAUCCAGACUGUCACUGCAGGUAGUAGCAGUCAGGAGAAGGAUAAAGACCGUGGUGGCGAGGGGGAGCCCAACGGCCCCACGGAGCCAGAGAAGAGCCACUCUAACAGUAGCACGCUGUCUGACCGGCGCCCCAGCGACUCCAGCCUGUGCAGCAUCGACGAGGAGCACCGCAGCGUCUACGACAUGGUGCACGCCAUCCUACUCUCCACACGGGACAACAUCAACUUCGUCAAUGAGGUUUUUCACCAGGCCUUCCUGUUGCCCUCCUGUGAGGCGUCAGCGACCCGGAAGGUGAUCAAGGUGUACAGGAAGUGGAUCCUGCAGGAGAAGCCAGGCUUCAUGACGGAGCCGGAGAAGAGCAGACAGGCCGAGGUGGAGGAGAACCCAGAGCAGCUGCUCAUCACGGAGCCCGAUAGCACACACACACAGGCGUUGGAGAGUCAUGGUCACAAACGCUCGUCCAGUUGGGGCAGAACAUACUCCUUCAGCAGUGCCAUCAGCCGGGGCUGUCUCACUGAGGAACAGAACAGAGACAUCAAGGCUGGCAUCCAGCCCACCCUGCAGGUCUUCCUGACCAACUCGGCCAACGUGUUUCUGCUGGAGCCGUGCCCAGACGUGGCCAAGCUACUGGACAACCAGGUGGAGGUGUGCAAGGGGGUGCUGAGCAUCUACCGCCACGUGAUCAUGGAGCACGCCAUGAACACACAGACAUGGGAGCAGAUGCUACAGGUGCUGCUGAGGAUCACUGAGGCGGUGAUGAAGAGGCCUCAGGAGAACCAAAGAAAAGACAUUUUUGCUGAGAGCCUGGCUGCCAUCCUUUUCCGGACGAUCAUCGUGGCGUGGGUACGGGCCAACCUGUGUGUGUUCAUCUCUCGGGAGCUGUGGGACGAGCUGCUGUCUGUGCUGUCGUCUCUGACAGGCUGGGAGGAGCUGGUGACCGAGUGGGCCAGCAUCAUGGAUUCUCUGACCGCUGUCCUGGCCCGCUCCGUUUACGGCCUGGACAUGAGCAACCUGCCCCUGGACAAACUCAGCGAACAGAAGGAGAAGAAACAGAGGGGACGGGGGGUGAUCCAGGACUCCCAGAAGGCAGCAGCGGUGGCCAGGUCCUUCUCUUUGAGCUGGAGGAACCAGGGAGACCAGCAGGGGGUCCAGGAGCCCAUGAGGUUCCGCAGCGCUACCACCUCAGGGGCCCCCGGCGUGGAGAAGGCACGCAACAACGUCCGACAGAAAGCCACAGAUGCCGCUCCGUCGGGUGGAAUCAAUAGCCGAAUAUCACAGCCAAUCACAACACUGGUGGAUGUGGAGGAGGGCCAGUUGUCUGAGUGUGGGGGAGACGGGGAGCUGGAGGCUGGAGACAGCCCUCUACCACGCAGCAGCAGCACCUCUGACAUCACACAGCAACUGACUGACACCUUCCCAGGCCACAAGAGGGAGUACUCCCCCAACAACUCCUGUGGCUCCGAUAGCAGGGCGUCGGAAGCGAGGACAGACGGCGAACCGCCAGUGAUUCUGAUCCGGCGGAGCAGCAGUCCGGUCGAGCUGGACUACUCUGUAGAGGAACACAACAACUAUGCAAGGCCCACGCUCCAGGAGAAAAGUGUGAGUGUGAGCAGCGAGACGUCCAACGGCUACUUGAACGACGCUGACGGCAGCCUGCUGGCCUGGCAGGCCUUUGAGGAGGAGGCAGACACCCAGUCAGCCCAGAUAGAUGUCACAGCAGACACAGGGAGCCAGAGGAACCUGCUGCUCAGCCACAAUGAGGCCCUGGCAGACAGCCGUGAGUGUCUGACUGAUGAUGUCAGCAUCAUCGCAGGCGGGAGCCUGACCGGCUGGCACGCUGACUCCGCCUUUGUGCUCUGGAGAAGGAUUCUGGGUAUCCUGGGGGACGUCAACAGCAUCCGCUGCCCCAGGAUCCACGCCAAGAUGUUCAGUUACCUCUACGACCUCUGGCACAAACUGGCUAAGAUCCGGGACAACCUGGGCAUCAGUGUGGAUAACCAGUCAUCUCCUCCCCGGCCUGUCUUCAUCCCUCCUCUCAGAAUGCUGGCCUCCUGGCUCUUCAAGGCCACCAUGCUGCCUGCAGAGUUCAAGGCGGGUAAGCUGCAGGCCUAUAAACUCAUCUGUGAGAUGAUGACCAGGAACCAGGACGUGCUGCCCAACAGUGACUUCCUGGUCCAUCUCUACCACGUCAUGCACAAGGGCUUCACCAGCGUGGACCAGGACGUUCUGAACACGGUGAUCCGUUCCUUUUCCCCGCGCUUCUUCUUCCUGGGCCUGCCUGGCUUCACCAUGCUGGUGGGAGACUUCAUCACCGCUGCAGCACGCGUCCUCAGCAACGACUCCUCCGAGGCUCCGAGGAUAGAAGCACAGACCGUCCUUGGGUCGCUGGUCUGUUUUCCCAACCUUUACCUGCAGAUUCCACUACUGCAGACCGUUCCCGGAACUGAUGACAUCGUCGUCGGGAACGAGGACAUCAAGGACUAUCUGGUCAACAUCUUACUGAAGACGGCACGGAAUGAACCCUAUGAAGCGGCCAGGUGUAUAGCUGUAUGUAGUCUGGGCCUGUGGGUAUGUGAGGAGCUGAUGCAGCAGGAUAUUCACCACCAGGUCGAGGAUGCCAUCAAUGUUCUGGGCGUAACACUAAAGUUUGGGAACAAAGCUGUGGCUCAGGUAGCCUGUGACCUGUUCCAGCUCCUCAUCUCUCACUGGGAACACCUCCAGAGGCUAGAGCGCUCUCUCCCAAAGAAAAUCAUUGAGAUCUUUGUGGCCACUAUAGCAUUUCUGUUGCCGAGUGCAGAGCACUCGACAGUGGAGGCUGACAAAAAGCUAAUGGUGUCUUUGCUGCUGUGCCUGCUGGACUGGUGCAUGGCCAUGCCCCUGAGUAUGCUGCUGGAGCCCAUCACCAUGCCUGUGCUGGAGGACCCCACAUCCCACAAGGCCCCUCUGCUCGACUACAUCUACAGGGUGCUACACUGCUGUGUUUCUGGCUCCAACCUGCACACCCAGCAGAGCCACUACCUCCUGAGUCUGUCUGACCUCUCCACUGACUACGACCCCUUCCUCAUGCUGGGCCAGGUCCAGAGCUCAGAGCCCCUUCUCUCGCACACCGCUGCAGACUUGGGCAGCCUGCUCACCGUUGCCGAGGAGAAGAAAAGGCGGAACGUGGAGCUGAUCCCUCUGACAGCACGGAUGAUCAUGACCCACCUUGUGAACCACCUGGGCCACCAUCCCCUCAGCGGUGGUCCCGCCCUCCUACACAGCCUGGUCAGUGAGAACCACGACAACCCCUUUGUGGAGUCAUCAGAACUCUCCUCUGAGGUGUUCAAGAGCCCCAACCUGCAGCUGUUUGUGUUCAACGACAGCACCCUGGUGUCCUACCUCCAGGUGCCCUCGGAGCCCUCUGGUCCAGGGGAACCCCAUGACAACUCCUCCCAGGUACGCGUCAUCGUGAGGGACAUCUCUGGAAAGUACUCCUGGGACGGAGGGGUUCUCUACCGCACCCAGGAGGGAGUCAAUGGGAUGCAUCAGGCGAGUGAAAACUCCUCCAACCACUCCACCACCAAGCCCACCUCGCCGGGGACCUCUGAGCCCUCCUACCCCCCAGGCUGGGACUCCCAGUCAGGCUGUGAGGAGGUGGAUGUCCUGGACCAACUCCUGGAGGACCUUGGCAACAGCAGCCCGGAGUGCCUGCCCCAACCCCGGCUAAGGCUCAACCAGCCAGCCCCCUCUCCCUGUGGGAUGAACCUGGAGCUGGAGGGGGCCAUCGUGGAGGCCAUCCUCAGGCAGACACAGCAGGAAGAAGAGCAGGUGAAGAGGUGGAAUGCAGACGUGAGCGUCAAGGCCGCCAGCCAGAGAGAACCCACUCCACAGGAGCCCAAAGCCCCUUUCUACUUCUGCAGACUGCUACUCAACGACCUGGGCAUGAACUCAUGGGACCACAGGAAAAGUUUUCAUCUCCUGAAGAAGAACUCUAAACUCUUGAGAGAAUUGAAGAAUUUGGAUUCCAGGCAGUGCAGAGAGACGCACAAGAUCGCUGUGUUCUACAUCGGAGAGGGUCAGGAAGAUAAGUGCUCCAUCCUUUCCAACAGCGCAGGCAGCCAGGCCUACGAAGACUUUGUGUCUGGCCUGGGAUGGGAGGUUGAUCUAGCCACCCACUGUGGCUUCAUGGGAGGGCUUCAGAGGAACGGCAGCACAGGACACACUGCUCCAUACUAUGCUACCUCCACGGUGGAAGUCAUCUUGCAUGUGUCCACACGCAUGCCGUCCAAUUCGGACGACUGCCUCACCAAAAAGCUGCGUCACCUGGGCAACGACGAGGUUCACAUAGUGUGGUCGGAGCACAGCAGGGACUACCGACGCGGCAUCAUCCCCACUGACUUUGGAGAUGUGCUGAUCAUCGUGUACCCCAUGAAGAACCACACGUUCUUCAUCCAGAUCAUGAAGAAACCACAGGUCCCCUUCUUUGGGCCUCUUUUCAACGGCGCCAUCGUCACCGGAACGCUGCUGCCCAGCCUUGUGCGUGCCACCUGCAUCAACGCCAGCAGAGCUGUCAAGUCCCGCCUGACGCUUUACCAGAGCUUCUAUGAGGAGCGGGCGCUGUACCUGGAGGCCAUCGUGCAGAACCACCGGGAGGUCAUGACCUUUGAGGACUUUGCCUCGCAGGUCUUCUCCCCUUCACCCAGCUACUACCCAAUGAGUGGGACAGGCUCUCUCAGCGGCAGCACGAGUGCUGAGCUCAGUGUUUCUUUAGGAACGGACCAGGCGGACCAGGUCUCCCCCACGAUUCCCCGUGCCACAAAGAACAGAGUUUCCGGAAAACUCCGCCGAUCAGCCAGCGCCAUAAGCAAAUCUUCCAACUGAGCUCUCUCGCCCGACCCACCUCCCAAACCUUCCCUGCUUCGUCUUUACUACAGGUCCUGCUGUGAAACCUCAUACCUUAACCCCUCAUGACUGCAGUUUGGGUGUGUGCGUUGUUUGUUUUAUAUCUCGUUUAAAAAUAUAACUGGAGCAUAUUGCAAUGUUUUAUUUAUGUGGCAGUUAUUGAUACUUUGAUACAUUUCCAAUUGUUUUACUGUUAAACUCCAUAUUUGACCUGAAGAAAAGAUUUAAGCUAUUGAAGUUUGUUCCGAUGUUGCUGCAUUUUCUGAAAGAAUCUGAUUAAUAUCACUUGUCAGUCAGUACAGCGAUUAAAUAUAGACAGGGAAUUGACUGAACAAUCAUGUCUGGUGGCUUAAAGUCCACAUAUCAUCAACAUUUCAAAAUUCCCUUUAUAUGUCACAACAAGGAUCUCUAUGGUUGUGACAUAGAAAAGGAAUAUGAUCACCCAUAUGCAUUUUGGUAAAGGUCUUUCCACAAAAUGAGUUCCUUUUGUACCCCUUUGAUAUUUUUAAGUAGAAAUUGUGCACCAAUAUUGAAUUUUAAAAGCCUCUUAUAUUAAAUUAAGUGCUCUUUAAAAGACUCCACAUGGAGAAUUCAAUAAAUCUGUUUUUCUUUCAUGAAUAAAGACUCGCUGAAGUGCCAAAAUGCAGCGUUUUGACAUUUCCCUCUGACUUUUCGGAAGAUGUUAACCCACUUAACCCCCAAAUUCCUCCAAGUCUUGCUUUAACAAAGUCAUUCCCUCAUUUUAAGGUCAACCCUGCUAUGUGAACUUUUACUAUAAUGUACUAGUAACAAUUUUUUCAAAAGAAACGUUGAACAUCUCAUAGUAAAAUCCUAGUGUAAAAACAGGUUCUUGAUGAGCUGGUUAUCUUUUUGCCUAUUUUCUGGUGUUUUGUGUUGGAGAACUGAGCGGGUCGAGCAUAACACAUUAACCCUGUUACUCAUAGAUAGACAGGCUAGAAAUGUUUUUAGUUUUUUUUCCUAAAAUGGUGAAGCUGCAUUCAAUAGCCCUUCCCUGUCCCUGAACACAAGCUUCCAAUCCCCCUGUCGCAAGGGGAAUUAUGGCGGAUUUAAGAUUUUUAUUUUAUUUUUAUUAUUUAACCUUUUAUUUAACUAGGCUAGUCAGUUAAGAGCAAAUUCUUAUUUGCAUUGACGGCCUAGGAACAGUGGCUUGACUGCCUUGUUCAGGGUGAAAUCAUCAACCCUAUUACUUUUUUUGGCACUUAAUAGGCACUUAAUCUUUUUAUUUAACCUCUUGAGAUGGUAAAACCUGUUUUUUAUUAAGUUGAACAUGUGUUCUUUAUGGACACAUGUUAAAUGUUAAAAUUAUAUGAAAUAAAACUUAUUUUUCUUCACCAAGUUACACUACCCAAAAGGGACUCAUUUCAUGGUUUUCUCAUCUCAUGCCCCCCUGUAAAUCACUGAUGAUACUCUUGCUGCUGACCGGAUAGGAUCAUAUUUAAGUGUGUUGUUUUGGCCUUGAGCCAUGGAAGCCUGUGUGUAUGUUUGGACCAUACUCAUCCUCAUGUUGUGGAGAGGUGGAAGGGCUGACAUAGGAGGUGCUGCUCUAGCAUAAUGCUGCACCACACCACACACUUCCUGGUUACGGAGGGCUGUGAGCCAAUGCAGUAGGAGUCUGUUUUUAAUAGUUAUGAACCUGGAGUGGACAAUCAAUGAUGUCUUUCCAACCCCGAGGUGAAUCAAAACUUGUGUUGGGUUUUUUAUCGCUGUAAGGACCUUUUUAAAUGGAUUCUGAUGGAUUUUUGUCUUCCUUUGAUUUAUGCAACUCUGCUGGAAGUGAGAAAAGACUGCAUUUCUAAUUGUUUAGUGAUGUUACCCUGUGUAGGAUUGUUUAACCUGGGUUCAUAACCUGUAAUCCAGUAACUUCCAUCUGGCUCUUCCUCUGCCAUUGUUCUCUCGUGUUGUAAAGUUAAGAAUGACAUUCCAAUGUUCCUACAGAUGAAUUUUUGCACUCACUGUCGUUGAUAAACUAGCAAUGAAUGUGUAUUUUAUCUUUAUUCUUGGAUGUAAAUUGCUUUAUUUGAUGUUUGUGGUGUUGUAUAAUGUAUACAUGUGUUGUUUUAGAGGAAAACGCCACCAGAGCCUCAGGUGAAUCUUAACUCCAUGCACUGGUGUGUGUGUGUAUGGCUGUGUGUAUUUGUGAAGGAGCUUCUCACAGUGCCUGUGUAAUGUCUGUCCACCAAGAUCCAUUCCAAGACCCCCACCACUGUAAACCACUGUUAGACAUCAUUGGAUUUAUUUUGUUUCUGCUCAUUGCAAGAGCAAAACGGCUUGCCUUGCCUUCCUGUCUCAUGUCUUUGUUCUAGAGGGAGAGACUGUUUUUUUCCCCCUGUGUGACUGUAAAGGUCAGCGUCUUGUCCUCCCCGUCCUCACACGUUUUAUAUGAACAGAUUGACUGGGUUUGGCCCACUUUUGUUUCGUCUUUAUUUGAGGUGCUCUGUUCUCCUUUCUCUCUGAAUUGGAAUCAAAUGGCACCUACUCCUCCUAUUUCCCAUGAUGCACCCCGAGUAACCUCGUGAGGCCACAGUGGAGGGGUGGGGGGCUGGGGAGUUUAGAAGGCAUACCAGCGCUGUACUCUGGCGACCCUCUUAGCAACAGGCAGGCUGGCGCUAUGCUACUCACGCUGCCUCCUUCGCCACAACCUGAGCCUUUGGGUUGCCAUGGAAGCCAGGUGUUACGCACACAUUAUGCAGGGUUCCAUCAGAGCUGCAUCCCUGUCUGUUGCACUACUUUGCCUUACCUGUACAUCCUCUUUCUUUCAUUUUGUUCUCUCUCUUUUUUUUGUGUCCCUUUCUUUCCCAAGCACUGAUUAAUAACAUAGGAGGCAUGAACGGAGAGUUCGUUCAGAGAUAAUGAAGUCCAUUUUGUGAAUUUGAAGAAUGUAUGUAAAUACUGACCUGAGUCAGAUCAAUGCUUUCACCUUCCCAGUAGCCACUGUAAAGAACUACCCAGCUCUUUUUACCAGUCUUCUUAUGGAGUCUAGAUUGUAGAUUAGAUGUUGUGGAUGGGAUCCCUGUUAUAUAUGGGAGUAAAUGGGCGUAAGGUUUGAUUUGACCAGGGCAAGGAUUGUGUCUUACUCAAGACUGGUUCAACUCAUGUGAAGCAACAGAGUUAGUGUUAAUUCUAGGUUUUGGUUUAGGAAUCCUGUACAUUGUGUCAAAUCGAGGGUUUUAGUCCUUUACCAUAAAUAUAUUAAUGCCUGUAAUAUAAUAUUUGUAUAAGAGGAAGAGGGGGAAAAAGGCUUGAAGAUUUCAUCAUUACUUGUUAACAUAUCAAACUGUUUUUAAUGACUGAAGUCAUGCUAUCUUUAUUAGAAAUGUGAAAAUCAAAAACAUUUCAUUAAAUCAAUUUGAAAUCCUA